AUGUUAAGGAGCAUUAUCAAUAUCAUAUAAGAGGGUUAAGAGGAGUCUAAAGAUGCAACCACACUGACAUUAAAUUCAUUCGCAGCCAUUUUUAUUUUGAUAAGCUACUUCGUGAAUUACCAUCUUACAAAUCAAAGACUUUUGUAAUUAAUGAUCAUUUAGAUCAUUAUAGUAUUGCAAUUUGAAAUUUCAUUUUAUGACAACCAUCAAUAUUUAUCUUUUAGCAUAAUCGUAUACCUAAUUUCACUCUAGCAGUAUCUCAAUAAACAAAGGAAUUGUUUUCAUUAUUUAAGUCACAUCGUAUUGAUAUAUGUUGUUACCAGAUUCCUAACACAAAGAUUUAAUGAUCUUGUUAUAUGGGAGAUCAUACUAGUGUUAAUAUGGCAGCCAUUCAAUCAUUAUUUAUUACAUUUGCUGAGACGAAUAAAAUAUCAAAAAAAGGAAGAGUUAAAUUCACAGAUCCAAUUCCAUACUCUCUCAACACCCUAAGCAUAAAACACUGAGAGACCCGAAGAGCAACCUACAAAAGGUAAUCUUGCUGAAGAUUUUUUUGAUUGUAUUCCGGAGGGAUUGGUUAUUCUGGAUGAAUUUCAUAAGAUCGUCAGACACAAUUCAAAAAUAUUGCAUUAUUUGAAUAUAACAGACCCACUUUAGAUUCCAUCAGCUCUGGAUGGGCUGUUUAGAAUAGCUCAAAAAAAUAGAAGUCCUUAAAAGGAGAAAAAGAAGCCAGUUCCCUUGAAGCAAAUCAAACAAAGGAUGGAUAUACAAUCUUAUUAUACCAGUUCUCUUGGAACUUCGUUGAAAAAGUAGUUCUGGAUGUCUGAUAAAGAUCAAUAUAAUUUUAGUCUGCAAAAAGGAGAUUCCAUUACUUACCCUUUCCUUUAAUCCAUACUCAAUGAAUUCAAGCAAUAGAAUUUGAAUGAAAAUAUGACCAUAACUUCAGAGUGUAAUAGCAUAGUAAAAUACUAAAUAUCAUAAGAAAACUCAGUCAAAUAAAGACACCUUUAAAUCAAAAUUUAUGAUAUUAAAAUGACUUCAUAUUCAACUACUCCAGUAUUUUUAUUUAUUGUCGAAAAUAUAACCAAUAAGGAACAACUCAAAUUAUUAACGAAUAGAUUUAAAUUCCAAUAAGCAUUGUUGAACUCCUUCAGUCACGAGUUGAGAACCCCUCUAAAUUGCACUUUAACUUUAUUAUAAGCACUCAAAAGUAAAUUGAAAAAUGAAGAACUGAAUGAUGAAUACUUGAAUCCUUCAAUAGUCUCAAGUCAAAGAUUGCUGUACCAAAUCAAUGACAUCUUGGAUUAUGCCUAAUUGGAAUGCCAAGAUUUUUAAAUCAACAUUACUGAAUUUAGAGUUGGCGAAGUAUUUUAGACCUUAAAAGACUUCUUUGAAUAAGAGUGCAAACAAAAACAAAUCGAAUUGAUUAUUGAGAAUGAAAGCUUAAUAUCCAUUCGAAGUGACAAGGAUAGAAUUACUUAGGUUUUAAUCAAUCUCAUUAACAAUUCAAUUAAAUUCACAUCUUAAGGAGGAAGAAUUGUGAUCAGUUUUAAAAAGAGAGACAAUAUGUAUUAAUUCACUGUCUGGGACAACGGUUAAGGGAUAUCUAGUUUAACUUUGGCCAACAUCUUUGAAUCCCAGAAAAAUAUGUAUGCCAGUGUUAAAUUCUUAGAAAAUACUUCUAAUUCAAAUAAGUUGGGACUCGGAUUAAAAGUGAGCAGAGGUAUCGCUAGGAAUCUCUGUUAAAAUGGAGAUCUCAUUAUUAAAAGUUAAAAGGGUAGUUAUACAUCAAUUAACUUUUAUGUUGAAGAUCAACUCGUUAAAGUGAAUGAAGAUAUCACAGAAUAAGAAUCCAUCAUGAGAUUUGGAAGUAAGAACACUGUUCAUAAAUGUGAAUGUCCCUAAAUACUGAUUGUUGAUGAUGUGCCCUUUAAUCAUAUUGCCUUGAUUGCCAUUUUGAGCAAUUUUGGAAUCAAAUCAGAGAGUGCUUACGAUGGAGCACAAGCAAUAGAAAAAGUGAACGUUAGAUUAAAAAACAAGGAAUGUUGUAAAUCAUAUCGGAUCAUAUUUAUGGAUAUUGAAAUGCCUGGCAAAAAUGGAUUUUAAACUUCAGCAGAAAUAGUUGAAAUUUUGAAGCAAUCCAAUUCCCAGUCAGUUAUAGUGAUGUGUUCUGCUUAUACAGGAGAAGCAAAUGUGGAAUAAGCUCGGCAAUGUGGAAUGAAAGAAAUAAUACCUAAGCCAAUAGCUCUCAAUAGUCUAUAACUAUUAAUAUCUAAGUAUUUUUAAUCAUUAUCUUGA